AUGGACCGCCCAGAUGAGCCUCCCUCCAAGGCCCGUCGCCUGAACAGCCCCGAGCUCCCAGAGCUUAGUCUGCCGCCGCCUCUGUCUCCACCUCAGCAGAGACCAACGCUCCAGGAGGAAACCGAGGUGGCACAGGUGCUAGCUGACAUGAGGUGGGGGAGAGUGGGCCCCGCUCAGCCCCCGCCACCACCCUAUAUUGUUCUGGAAGAGGGGGGAAUCCGCGUGUACUUCACCCUGGGCGCUAGGGGUCCCGGCUGGGAGCCUGCAAUCCAGUCAGGCAGCGGGGAGUUGCCCCCUCCAACGGAAAGCCUGGGAGCACUCUCUGUUCCUCAGGCUUCUGGGGGAAGCUUGGAAAUCGGCUUUCAGGUUCCCCAGCCCAGUGGCCUUGCUGGAGAGCAGGCCGGAGAAACCUGUAGUACAGGGCGGCGUCGGCGGCAGCGGCGUCGGUCCCAGGGGUUAGCUAAUCCAAAGAGAAAGGAAGAAGCUGCUAUCGAUGUGGAAGAGCUUGAAGAAGGUGAGAAAAAGAGGAGGAGGAGGAAGGUGAAGAAGAGAAGCAAAAGGAGUAAUGCCGAGAGGAUGGAGAACAUUCUGCAGGCGCUGGAGAAUAUUCAACUGGACCUGGAGGCGGUGAACAUCAAGGCAGGCAAGGCCUUCCUUCGUCUUAAGCGCAAAUUCAUCCAGAUGCGAAGACCCUUUCUGGAAAACAGAGACCUCAUUAUCCGGCAUAUCCCAGGCUUCUGGGUCAACGCAUUCCUCAACCACCCCAAAAUUGCAACCUUGAUCAACCAACGUGAUGAAGACAUUUUUCGCUACUUGACUAAUCUACAGGUACAGGAUCUCAGACAUGUCUCCAUGGGCUACAAAAUGAAGCUGUACUUUCAGACAAACCCCUACUUUACAAACAUGGUGAUUGUCAAAGAGUUCCAGCAUAACCGUACAGGCCAACUAGUGUCUCACUCCACCCCAAUCCGCUGGCACCGAGGCCAGGAACCCCAGGACCACAGUCACAGGGACCGAAACACCAGCCACAGCUUCUUCAACUGGUUCUCAAACCACAGCCUCCCAGAAGCCAACAUGAUUGCUGAGAUUAUCAAGAAUGACCUGUGGGUUAAUCCGCUACGCUACUACAUGUUGGGAAAAAGAGGCUACAGGACAAACAGAAAGAAGCAAGAGAAAGAAAGUAAUACCAAGAAGAAAUGUGAAGUGAUGAUCCUGGAAGACACUGAUGACUAUCAAGCAGUAAAAGAUGUUAUCAGUGAGACCUCAGACACUGAUACAGCCACUGACAAUGAAACCAUUUAUGACAUCAAGGUCUCUGACUUCUUGGAGACAACUGACAAUGAAACCGCUGACAGUGAGGUAGUUGACAUCAGUGAGAAUCUCUGUGGCAGUCUAAGCUCUGACCACAAUGAGAGUCCUGACAGUGAGACCACUAGUACCAAUGACACCACUGACAACAGUGAGAGUACCAAAGAUGAGAGCCCCUAUUACAAUAACGAGAGCCCUGACGACAGCACUGAUAGUAACAGCAGGAACCCCAUUGGUGACUAUGACAGCAUGAGCAACAAUAGCACCAGCCUGGGCAGCUGUGAUAGUGACACUGAAGAUGAUAUUGAGGGCAGUGAUGAUGGCAACGAAGGUGACAAUGAGUACAGUGACAAUGAAGACAGUGAUGAUGAUGGAGACAUUGAUGGCUAUGAUGAAAACCCUGAUAAGGAUCACGAUAAGAACAAUUAUAAGGAUAAGGUAGAGGACAUCUCAGAGGAAGAAGAGGAGCACAGUGAGGAAGGUGAGCUGUACCCCCUCCUUUCUUCCCUCUUCUCAGAGAAAGGGCAGGAUACCGGCAGUGAGCAAGAAGUGGAGGACAGUGAUGACCAUGAAGAGGAUGGCGGUGGUGACUCUGAUAUGGAGGAGGCCGAAAAUGCUUGGAUCGCCGUGGGAAACUAA